CAUUCUUGCCCGGUUCGAACCCGUCCCUGUCCCACGGUAACAAGUGCGCCCGCUACGAUCGUACUGUGCACCGUCGCUUUCGGUAGCAAUGCUCAUCUGCGCCGUUCCCAAACCCCAACCAGGCAGCUUGCUUCUUUUCCUGUGAGUUGUUACAUCAUUGAUUUCUUCAGAAAAUUAAAAAAAAAAGGGAAGAAUUGUUUUUUUUUUAAAGAGGCUUCUUUGGGUUUUAUUUAUUUUAAUUUUAAUUUCUGGGCAAUUCUUUUAAUUUUGAAAAAUCUAAUUAUCAUCACAUGGGUUCGGAAUCGAACUCGCCCUCGCCCUCGUCGUCGUCGUCGCCGAGUGGGAAGAGAAGCAGAGAUCCAGAAGAUGAGGUUUAUCUUGAUAAUCUCCACUCUCACAAGCGUUAUCUCAGCGAGAUAAUGGCUUCUAGCUUGAAUGGAUUAACAGUAGGAGACCCACUCCAUGAAAAUCUCAUGGAAUCUCCAGCCAGGUCUGAAACCAUGUUUUAUCUCAGGGAUGAUAUGUCCUUACAAUAUUCACCAAUGUCUGAAGAUUCAGAUGACAACAGAUACUGUGAAAUUCCAAUAAACAUUUCCUCGUCACAAACAGACAGUCUGCCCACUAGUCCAGUUUCUCCUCACAGGUAUCAAAGACCAUUUAGUGCCCUAUCUUCAUCUGGAACCACAGCAUGCCCUUCACAUGGAUGUACCCUUGCUACUGUAGCAUGUGCACAGCCUCGGCAACGUGGGUCAGAUUCUGAGGGCCGGUUCCCAUCAUCGCCUAGUGAUAUAUGCCACUCAGCUGACUUGAGGAGGGCCGCAUUGUUGAGGUCCGUGCAGAUGAGGGCGCAGCCUCCGGGCCCUUCAGUCUUUGAAUUGCCAUUUAGUGCAGGGCAAGAGGCCGUGCGGAACAUGGAAACCGAGGAGCGGCCUUGCUUAGUGGAUGAGAGGGACUAUCAUAUUGAAGAGUGUUCUUCAAUGGGUAUCUCAGAGCAUGAAUUUAACCGAGAAAAGUCAUGCAGGGUCUUGAAUAUGAAUUUGAAAGGUGAGGAGCCUGGGGAUUGAGGAAGGAAAUGGGUUGGGAAGAGUUUGUUGGCUAUGUGAAGGAAAGACCAGUGGCUUACCUUGACAGCCAAAAUUUUCUGAAGGAUUAUGUGUGUGAUUUUGAUGAUUGACACCUUUGUUGUAAUCCUCUGGUGUUUUUCCGAUACAUCUGAGAUCUGACUCAAGCCAUUCCAUAUGAGAAUCUUUGUUUGAAGACAAGAGACGCUACAAAACAAAACCAUAUUACAGCUCUCUAACUGGUUUUGAGUUAUAUUUCAUCGCUCGGAGUCUUUGCUUUCAAUAGAAAAAGAAAACUAACACGAGCCGUAGCUUCUUUGUCUUAAGGUUCCAGGAGAGGUUGAGGAAACAGAAUUGCUGAGAUUUUGUCUUACUGAACUUUUGAGUCUUGAACAAACGCAAUAAGAUUCAUUGACUCAGUUACUAGAUUUUUAUUGUGUGAGUAAUUGUUUCUUCGGCAGAACUCGAAGCCACAUUCGGCCUCGAAUGAUGGCAGCCAAUGAACGGUUAUAGAAGCUACUGAUCACUGAUCAUUCAUUUA